AUGAACAGCUCCAAUGUCACCCUGCACUCUGAGUUCAUCAUUGUGGGAGUGCCAAGCCUGCAGGAGCACUACAAUGCACUCUUCAUUGUCUUCCUCAUCCUCUUCCUGGCCACCUUCCUGGACAAUCUCCUUAUCGUUCUGUUGGUAAGCCUGGACCACCGACUCCAUUCUCCCAUGUUCAUCCUGCUGUGGAACUUGUCCCUCUCAGAUAUUUGUCUGACGACAACCAUUAUACCAAAGUUAUUAGAGGUUCUGCUGGGACAUGGCAGCAGUAUUUCCUUCCCAGGCUGUUUUGCACAGAUGUAUUUUUUUAUCUCAUUUGCUGCUGUUGAAGAGUUCCUUGUUGCAGCCAUGGCUUAUGACAGAUAUGUUGCUGUAGUGAAACCACUGCAUUACAACACCAUCAUGAGCACCAAUGUCUGUAUUACAAUGGCAGCCAUAGUCUGGGUGCUGGGCUUCCUUGCACCUCUUUUGUCAGUAGUAUUGGCAAGCACUUUGCCAUUCUGUGGAUCAAAUUAUGUCUUGCACAUUGUCUGUGACUACCCCACUGUGAUGUCAUUGGCCUGUGGUGAUGUUACAGGUCAAGUCAAUUAUACCUUGAUAGUCGCCAUGAUUGUAAUCUAUAUCCCCUUUCUCUAUGUCCUAUGGACAUACUGCAGAAUUGUGUGGUCAGUGAUAAAAAUGAAAACUGUGGAGAGCCGUCAAAAGGCCUUCUCAAUGUGCUCUUCACACAUGACAGUGGUCUUCCUGUACUAUGUAUCUGCUGCUGUGGUCUAUAUUGGGUUGAGAGUGGAAAGUAUCCCCCCAGAAGGACGCAUCUUCAUUGGUGCAGUGUACUAUUUCCUCACCCCUUUGCUCAACCCCAUCAUUUACAGCUUAAGUAAUGAAAAAAUCAGGGCAGCAGCUUACAGAUACUUCAGACUACAGGCUCACUGCAAUAUAAAGAAUACUGUCUACCCAAGUCCAUAA